AUGUCGUCCCAUCGGCCAAAUGCAUUCAACAACCUCAGGAUGGGGGAGGUCAUUCGUGAAAAGGUUCAGGAUGGGAUUACGGGAGAGACCAGGGACUUGCAGUACACACAGUGCAAGAUCGUUGGCAACGGUUCAUUCGGUGUAGUGUUUCAAACCAAGCUAUCUCCAUCAGGAGAAGAUGCCGCCAUCAAGCGGGUUUUACAAGACAAGAGGUUCAAGAAUCGUGAACUCCAAAUCAUGCGAAUCGUUCGACACCCAAAUAUUGUCCAGCUCAAAGCCUUCUACUACUCCAACGGUGAAAGAAAGGAUGAAGUCUACCUGAAUCUGGUCCAAGAAUUUGUUCCUGAAACCGUCUACCGAGCGUCUCGAUUUUUCAACAAGAUGAAGACUACCAUGCCCAUCCUGGAAGUUAAGCUGUACACCUACCAACUUUUCAGAGCCCUGGCAUACAUCCACUCCCAAGGAAUUUGCCAUCGUGAUAUCAAGCCCCAGAAUCUUCUACUCGAUCCCAAUAGCGGCAUCCUAAAGUUAUGCGACUUCGGUAGCGCCAAGAUUCUUGUCGAGAACGAGCCGAACGUGUCGUACAUUUGCUCUCGAUAUUACCGCGCCCCGGAGCUGAUUUUUGGUGCGACGAACUACACAACCAAGAUUGGUAUGGACCCGUGUCCCGAUGUUUGGUCGACUGGAUGCGUCAUGGCCGAGUUGAUGCUUGGUCAGCCACUGUUUCCCGGCGAGUCUGGUAUUGACCAAUUGGUCGAAAUUAUCAAGGUCCUCGGUACGCCAACGCGAGAGCAGAUUCGUACCAUGAACCCCAACUAUAUGGAGCACAAGUUUCCUCAGAUCAAGCCUCACCCGUUCAACAAGGUGUUCCGCAAGGCAGAUGCAAGUGCAAUCGAUCUUAUCGCGAGAUUGCUUGAAUAUACGCCAACCGAGCGACAAUCGGCCAUUGACGCCAUGGUACACCCAUUCUUUGGCGAGCUCCGGGAUCCAGGCACCAAAUUGCCCGACUCAAGACAUGGCUCUGGGCAGCUUCGAGAUCUGCCUGCUCUGUUCGACUUCACGCGGCAUGAAUUGUCCAUUGCACCACACUUGAACGCGCAGCUUGUUCCCGCUCACAUUAAACCGGUCCUGGCCUCGCAAGGACUCGAUAUCGACAACUUCACACCGAUGACGAAGCAAGAAAUGAUUGCGAAACUGGACUGA